UUGCUAUAAAUGCGUGUCAUGGAGACCGAUACGAUACGAUCGGAGCUGAAGUCUUCUGCCCAAACGCAACCAUGAAGUCACUUAUUGGAAUUUUGCUCUUUGUUUUUGCAUUUCACACUGCAUGCUGUAGUAACAAUGAAGAGGGCGAGUAUUUCGAAGGUGACAUGGAACUGACUGAGGAACAGAAAAUCGCCAUUCAAAUGUCCAUUGAUGGAAUACCCACUUAUGGAGCAACUGUCUAUAGAAAUUGGCCAAAGAGAGUCCCAUACGUAAUCGACCGCAACUUAGGUACAAAAGCAAGAGAUGCGAUCUCAUCUGCAAUUGCUGACUACCAUAAAUACACUUGCCUCAGAUUCUAUCCACGCCGCAGUGAAACAGCUUAUUUAUACUUCACAACCGGAUCAGGUUGCUCUUCACCAGUUGGUUACAGCGGACGAAUAAACAACAUCAAACUAGCAUCCGGCUGCUGGUACAAGGGAAUUGUCAUCCACGAAAUAAUGCACAGUCUUGGAUUCUUCCACGAACAAAGUCGACCUGACAGGGACAGCCAUGUUGACAUCAUAUGGGCAAACAUUCCAUACGACAAACGACACAACUUCAAGAAAUAUGACACCGGAACAAUCAAAUCAGGCAACAGCCGUUAUGAUUACUUGUCCGUCAUGCACUACGGUCGCACUGCUUUUGGAAGUGGAAAGGUAACGAUUGAUGCCAAGAACAACUACUAUGAUAGGAAGAUCGGACAGCGAUCUGGGUUCAGUUCUGAGGACGUCAGACAAAUCAGAACCAAAUAUGGGUGCUAGUUACACCAGAAUGCAAACGUAAAGAAUCGUGAUUGACAAUUUUGUAAAUCGAUACAAAAAUGUUGUUAUCGAAAAUUAAUUGAUAGUUGAUGAUGAUAUGAAAACGGUAGAAAUCUA